AAUUGAACUUCCUGCACAUUAUCUGAUUAUAGUGCCAUAGUAUUUUUUGAUAUAAAUGAAAUGUUCCAUUUGGGGGGAAAUGGUUUAGUGAACACUUGAUCUUAGUUUAUUUGAGAAACACUUAGUCGCGAAGAAUAUGGAAAUCCUGAGGUAGGUGUCAACAAUAAAUCUAAAGAACAAUUCUUUAAGGCAUGAGAAAUGGAAUAAGAAGUUAUGAGUACCGAGGAAUCUGACGGGGGAUCAGUUAACUUUGAAAUCCUACGAACAUGUCUAAAGACACCAUGUACCAAAUUGUUACAAAAUAUUUUGAAAUUAAAAUUCAAACGAUAUGAGGAACUCAAGGAGGGAGUUCCUUUGGACACCCUGUCUGAUAGGUCAAAAUAUGUUCUGGAAAGACAGAAUAGAGUGAGCAAACUAAAUCUUCCAGUCCUGUGUGAUAUAUUCCGUUCUGGAGCAUUUGAAUCCUUAAUUGGCUUACCAGUUUUAGGUUGGUUUUCGAUCGAGGAAAUUCCAGAGGAACACAUAGGAAUAGCAGAUGAAAUCCAAAGAAUAUGGAGGAUAUGGCAAAAACAUAUCAAAGAUAAUGAGGAUGAGACAUUAUCUGACAACGACAGCAACAUAGCUAUGAAAACACUGAUGGAAAUUGGGUUCAGGAUGAGUAAGCGACGUGAACUUAAAGAAUUUGGUGUGGAUUUCUUUAGGGAAGUCGGCUUGGCAUGCAAUGAAGAACCAAACUUUGAUGCAGUACAACUGGGAAAGAAGAACUCUAUUGAGAUGAAUAUUGAUUCUUCAUUCAAUGGCUGUGUCAAUGUAAUACAAGGAGGUCACACUAAUAAAAUCAUUAUUUAUGAAAUGCAUGACAAUCGGCGUGGUGAAAUACAAUAUACAUCAACAGGAAGAGUCCAAGUUUCGGCUGUUCUACACUCAGACGAUCCAGCUUUCCAAGCUGUAACAGAAAGAGCAAGCGAAUUGAAUAUAGAAGAAAUUAAUGAAAGACCUGCCUUAAGAGACAACGACACUUCUAUUCAAGAAAUUCGACAGGGAAGUCUCGUCAUAACAUUUACGUUUAGAAACGAUCAGUCUUUGGAAGAAAAUAUUCAAAGGGUGUUUCAGUGUGUAUUCGAGGACAUAAAAAUCAACGAAAUUUUAGAAGAGCAGAAAGUCGACACACUGGAAGUUUUUGGAUAUAUAUAUGAUCCUAAAGAGUACUUUCUUGAUUAUGCCACCAAUGUAUCCACAACAAGAUCUGAAGUAGGAAAGUUUCACUUGUAUACACAUCUGACAUGGACGUUUUCUGAAUGUACUUGCGAUAUCGAUAUUGUUUUGUCAGAAUUGUUCCAUAACCUGUUGUCUUGUGAUCUCACAACUGAAGUGAAUGAAGACAUUUGGAUCAUUUUGAAAGGGAGUAUAAUUAAUCCAACAGAUAUGGCCCUCAAACCGUUCGAGUCCUUGCUUCCCAAAAAUAUGGAUGACAAGAUGAGAAAAAUAAAUCUAGAAUUUGAAAAAUCAGGGCAAUGUGAAAUUCAAAGUAUUCAACAGGAAAAAAGCACAACGCAUGUAGUACUGAGGACAAAAUCUUGUAUCAGUUAUUCUGGUUUAUUAUUAGAAGAUGGUAUUCUUCUUUCUUUUUUGAGAAUAUUUUUGUGGUCGGACGAGUCUGAACUCCUUAUAUCAAAAGUGCAACUAAUGAGAAUUGGUCUGAUUCUUCAUACAAAGCUAGCACAAAACAAAGAAUUACAACAAACUGAUCAUACCUUGAUCAUUAAGUUUUGUCCAGAAUCAAACAUAACGAAGGCUAUCAACAAAGGUGCUCUUCCAGAAAUACUUACAAGCGUUUUACAAGUCAGCGGAAUUGAAGUUCCAGACAGAAUGAAAAUUAAAGUAGAUAUAAACGACCAAAAAA